GCUGCCGGAGCGGGCAGAGCUGUUUGGGAAGGAGUCCCCAGGAGCUGCGGGGACAGUCGCCCUCCCCGCUGAGCACUCGUGUUUGCCCACACCAGCCCUCGGGUGCCAAAACCGCAGGUGUCCCUUGAGAGCAGGUGGGGGGACAGGAGUGUCCCCAGAGCACAGUCAUGGAAACCCGGGACACAGAUGCGGGUGGGGACGGGAGCUGUCCUGGAUGUGCAGCCAUGAGGACAGGUGGUCCCGCGGGUGCAGACAGCUCCGCAGGGAUCUGGGGGCCGCAACCCUGCCCCAUGGCCAUGUUGACAGCCGCACCGGGACCAAAGGUCCCUUUUGUGCCCCUGUUAUGUUGCCACAGGCAUCACGUGGCUGUUUGCUCUGCUGCUUUGAAGGUGGCUCUGCCCCCACCCAGCUCAUGGGGUUUUACCCCCACAGAGCUGCGGCACGUGUCAGACGUGCACUGCGUCCCGGGCAGCACGGACGGGACUGGCACCAGAGCCCGGCCGCCCUCUGCUCCCUGCCCGGCACCGCGGGGGCAGCCGGGGAGGCCACACGGUGACCACAGCUGUGCAGGCGAGCCUGGUACCAGGGCUGCCGCUGCCCCAGGGCACAGCUCCCACAGCCCAUCCUGCUGCUCAGCCCUGGCUCCGUGUCCCCAGGCCUUGGGCACAAGAUGAAGACACUCUCAAGCUCCCCCCUCCAAAGCCCCGCUGCCCCUGCCGUGUUGGCUGGCGCUCGGUGACCUUUGAGCGCCAGGGUCCGGCAGGCUGAUAAAGGCCGGGAGGGCUGAGCUGAGCUGCCCACGCAGUUUAUAAAAGCACUACGCGAGGCCAUCCCGCUGUCCGUCUGUCCGGCCGGCCGGCCCUUUGUCCGCGCAGCAGCUGGGGCGAAGAUGUUGCGCUUGGUCGGGCGCGCCGCGCGCUGCUGGGGGGCGAGGUGGGCACCACCGGGGCCGGAGCGGGCACCCCGGGGCGCCCAGCAGCCUGCGCUGUGGCAGAGGGCAUGCCUCUCCAGUGCUGCCGGGACAGGUGCCUGGCCCAAGGAUGUGGGCAUCCUGGCCCUGGAGGUGUACUUCCCUGCCCAGUAUGUGGAUCAGGAGGAGCUGGAGCGCUUUGAUGGAGUGGAGGCCGGCAAGUACACACGGGGCCUGGGCCAGAAGCAGAUGGGCUUCUGUGCCGCCCACGAGGACAUCAACUCCCUGUGCCUGACCGUGGUGCAGCGGCUGGUGGAGCGCGGGCAGCUCUCCUGGGACGCCAUCGGCCGCCUGGAGGUGGGCACCGAGACCGUCAUCGACAAAUCCAAGGCAGUCAAAACCGUCCUCAUGCAACUUUUCCAUGACUCUGGUAACACUGAUGUGGAGGGCAUCGACACCACCAACGCCUGUUAUGGGGGCACGGCCUCGCUCUUCAAUGCGGCCGCCUGGGUGGAGUCCAGUGCCUGGGAUGGUCGCUAUGCUGUGGUGGUGUGUGGGGACAUCGCUGUCUAUGCCACGGGGAAUGCGCGGCCCACGGGAGGUGCCGGUGCCAUUGCCAUGCUGGUGGGACCCAACGCCCCGCUGGUGCUGGAGAGAGGCCUGCGUGGGACCCACAUGGAGCACGCCUACGACUUCUACAAGCCAAAUCUGUCCUCUGAGUACCCGGUGGUGGACGGGCAGCUCUCCAUCCAGUGCUACCUGCGGGCGCUGGACCGCUGCUACGCCGUGUACCGGCGGAAGGCAGAGGCCCAGUGGCAGCAGGCUGGCAUCCAGAGGCCCUUCACCCUCAAUGACUUCAAGUACAUCAUCUUCCACUCGCCCUUCUGCAAGCUGGUGCAGAAGUCGGUGGGGAGGCUGCUGCUGAACGACUUCUUGGCCUCCCCCAACCCCGACACAGCCUCCGGCCUCUACAAGGGGCUGCAGUCCUUCCGCGAUGUGAAGCUGGAGGACACCUACACCAACAAGGAGGUGGAGAAGGCAUUCCAGGCAGCCAGCCAGGACAUCUUCAACCAGAAGACCAAGCCCUCCCUGCUCCUCUCUUCCCGCAAUGGCAACAUGUACACACCAUCCAUGUAUGGCUGCCUGGCCUCCCUCCUGUCCCAGUGCUCAGCACGGGACCUGGCCGGCUCCCGGAUCGGUGCUUUCUCCUAUGGCUCGGGGCUGUCCGCCAGCAUGUUCUCCUUCCGUGUCUCACAGGAUGCAGCCCCAGGCUCACCCCUGGACAAGCUGGUCUCCAGCCUGGCUGACCUGCCCGCCCGCCUGGACGCCCGCAAGCGCGUGGCCCCGAAGGACUUCGCCGAGAUCAUGAAGCGACGGGAGGAAACCCAUCACUUGGCCGACCACGCUCCCCACGGCUCCCAGGCGGAUCUCUUCCCCGGAACCUGGUACCUGACACGGGUGGAUUCCAAGUACCGCCGUGAAUACGCCAGGAAGCCCAUCUAGAGUGGGAUCACCAGAGUGGUGAGCCCUGGGGAGGGGGAUGCUCUCUUUCCCAUUGUGAUCCCUGUUCAUUCCCCACAUUCGGGGCUGGCCUGUGUGGGAAAGUUCACUUUGUAUGGGUGGGGAAUGGCCAGCAGUGACUUGGGCCCCGGAGCUGUUGGAGACAGCAGCAUCUUCUGCAGAUACCUGGGCAGGGGAAUAAAGGUGUGGAUGGGAGGGGGCAGCAGCCUGGCUCUGGCUCCUGGUCUUGAAUGGUCUUCUCCUGCCCCA